AAUAUGUGUGCCAAAUUCCAUGCUUUUAUGACAAAUGAACAAUUUUUUUAUGGAAAUUUUAGCUAAGCUGCACCGCUGUCAUGUACAAUUUGACAUCAACUCAAACUGCUGUCAAAAAAAAAAAAAAAACAAGCCCGAAUGACGGUUCUUGCAUGUCAUAUGUUGCAGAGUGAAAGCAGGAUGUGCACUAUUUGACACGAAGUAGACUAUGGUUUGACAGGACCAAAACAGAAUUACCAGCUUCCUCUUCUGUGCGUGCACUCCCUCCUCUUCCUCCGCGCAGUAAGACCCGUCACAGCGCCGGACCAGUGGACACUCAAUCAUCUCUCAGUCCUAAUCAGAGACACUUUGACUUCUAGGACCUUUUACGGUGACUCUCAGUGUCCAGGCAUUUGAGAGCAGAACACUGCAAACCUCACUUCUUCCUCAAACAUCCAACAAGACCAUGUCUGACACUCUUUGUAUUGUUGGUUCUUUAUUCGGUGCUGCAGGAGAACAGCAAGAAUGUGGUUCCUGCUACCAAAUACAUAUAGGAUCGGUCUUGGGCAUUAUAGCCUGUGAUAUCAUCUUGACCAUCUUCAUCACAGUUUCUGUGUUCUGCUGUGUAACCCUCCAGAGGAGGAGGAGAGAUUGGGAAUCUAAUGAAGGUAAAAGAAAUCUCCAGACACCACAAAAAAAGAUUGUCGGCGAGGUCACAGAGUCUCCCUACCAGGAGUUACACGGAGUCCAGUCGGAUGUGUACAGUGAGCUUCAACAUUAUAGGAAAUGAAACACCUGAACUGAAAAUAUGCCAAUAUUGAUUUGUUUUGAAUUAUUUUCAGGUGCCAAAAUCUGAUAUACCUGCACUAUACGAGUAUUACACAGCAGUCUACACAUAUUUUAUUUUACCAUGGAAUAUAUUCUAGUAAUAUAUAUACAAAAAUGCGUAGAAAACAGGCUGUGUUGGCUUUGGUGGCUACCAGACCUAGGCUUUGUGAGCAAAAGAAACAAGCUCACUUUAAACUAAAUGUAACUUCAAAACUAUGUUGAGGUGCCCAAAUUCUUUUGUUUAAAGCGCCAUAAAUUAAUCUGGAUGGAGAGCCACAGGCCAAAAGUACACAUUGGCAUUGUCUGACUUACAUACUGCAUUACAAUGAAAUGUUUUCUAAUUUAUAGGCAAGUAACGUUCUGAUUUGUAAAGACAAAAAUCAAAAUAAUAAAUACACUACUGUUACUUAAUCUGUUUAACAGUCAUUUAAUAAUGUGAAAAGAAUUUGUCCAUUUCCAUGGCAGGUCAAAACAAAAGGAGCCCCAAUGGGCAGCUGUGUUUGAGAGAGGUAGAGAGAGAAGGAAGA